CCGAUUGCAGUCCGUAGCAUGUUCAUGAUCACGACCUCACAGAGGCUGAUGACCCUUUCGCAGUAAUUUGUCUCUCGGUGUGUAAGUAUUUGGCUCCAUGUUGGCGGUGCACAGUGGAGCAGCUCCUGCAGACGUAAUAAGUUCCGAAGUAAAGUUCGAACAGCCACCUUGUUGAAUCGCUUGAAAUUUUCGGUCGUGGCAAACUUCUUGGGCUAUGUACAGUAGUCGGAGGAGAGUCAACUCAGUCGUGUCUUCCUCGUGUCAGACUGUUGGAAUACUGAGGCCUGAGGGUUGGACGUUGGACAGUCUAGAGUGUUUGAGGCUUUUGAGGCUUCAGGUUAAAAGUCACUGUCAAGUAAAACCUUGCGGCACGGGUGUGCAUGGUGGUGGUGCGGGUCGAAGAAAGUUAGCCGAAAUUCCCAUACUGCCAUACGCAUCGUUCCACGGUUCCUGCACUUACUACCAGACACUAUUUCGAAACUUGAUUCUUUCCCCGAAUGGCGGACGCUUUUGCUUCUCUAGCACCACUGGAAGAGCAUAUUAAACAACUUCAAGGACGGAAGAUGAGGCUGCUGACUGAAGUAGAGCAGGUCGAACAACAGAUUCUGCUUGCACAAUUAAAGUUCGCAACGCUUUCCAACGAAGCCGCCCCCAUUUCAAGGCUCCCUGACGAACUUCUCACCUCUAUAUUUGCCUUAACGCGUCAGGAAGACACGCCGCGGUCAAAGGCCUUCCAGGUCGUUGCCUCUCACGUCUGUGCCAAAUGGCGAGCAGUAGCUACGACUACGCCCCUUCUUUGGUCAGAGAUUCAGGUCAUUCUGACGUUCAGAAACGCCAAAUCGAAGGCGGAGGUGGAUACGGAGCUCGAUAGGCUCAACGCCUACUUGACGCGGUCGAAUAGCUGUAUCUUUAGUCUCAAGAUGGAGGUGAUUGGGAACAUUAACUUGGAACCCUUUCUUCAGCUACUAGGAUUACAGAUGUAUCGGUGUCAAAGGCUUUCCUUUUCCAUUUCCAACCAUUCCUCACCUGUAUCGCAAUUGUUGCAUCAUUUCGGUUCCCUUGAAGCACCCAUUCUCCAACACCUUUCCAUUCACAUCCCGUAUUGCCGCCUUUUUGACUACGACACAAGGCAGCUGGACCUCGUUCGCGCAAACAUAUUGCAGGGAGGAGCGCCUGCACUGCAGUUUUUACGUGUUACAGGCAUAGCUGGCCACCUCCAGCCACCUCUUUCGAGACUCACUACGCUUCAUCUUGACGGUUCUCAUAUGGAUGGCCUCAGUUUCGAACAGUUUAGAGACAUCUUACAAAGCACCCCAGAGGUGAUAAAUCUGUCUCUGAACGACCUUUGGGUUGAAACACCAGUCAUCAGUUCACCACAGAUCUCGAUUCCGAAUCUUCGUUGCCUCCGCAUACGCGCUCGACCUGAAUAUGACUUACAUUCGCUAUUGAUCAAUUUACCUGUGACGCAGCUCGAAUCCUGCGCCAUGAGCCAGAUUGCGUCUUUCCGGCCUAUCGAGUUUACCAAUGUGAAGAGCCUUACGUUGGAGCAUUGCUCUCUCAUUCCGGAGGAUGUGGGAAACUUGAUUUUGGGGUUUCCGGCCAUUCAAUCGCUUACCCUUGUCUCUGGCAAUCCUUCAUCGAUAUUAUUUGCGCUUGGGUAUCCUGGGACGCCUAUUUGGUGGCCAAAAUUGAAGCUGCUGUUUUUGAACGACUUGUUCGUGAGGGCGAUCCCAAUUUUUUUGGAUGCUAUUCAUAACCGACAGGCAACCGAAACCCCUCUCGAGAGGUUGUACCUGGAUCGAGAAACUCGGAAGUUGCUUCGCUCAAAGAAAAACCUGGAAGAGGUGAACGCGUUGCUUCCAGUCGAAAACCACGAGGAUAGCUCGCCAUGGCCUGCAGGGCUCGGAUAUGAAGAUGAAGACGAUGGUUUUUGGUACUAGGUGAAAUAGAGAAGAUUUAAUCAGAAAUCUUCAAUUCACCACGCCGUUUUUCGUGAUGACAUACUAUAUGUAUGUACAGUAGGGCUGACACAGGAAAUGGACGGCGGAUGUCGUAUUAACAAAUAUUCCGGACCGUUCAUGCAACGCCGUCCACCCGAGCUGAACGAGGAGCCAGCAGACAUUGAGGAUUGCAGAGGGCAUCACAUUUACUGAUAAUGGCAACUUGGAAUGUUCUGCAAUCCGGUCGAGCGACCAGUGACGAGCACGCGCUCUCACAUCGACUAUGGCUACCGUGCUGCGUUCAGCGAAGUUCACUUACUACGUAGUACGGAGGUUUGAGUAAUUGAUAAUUGUCAC